AGAUGUGUACCGAAUCCGACAGACCACUGCAGACCACCAUCGCAGACCACUUGUUUCUGCUACUAAUAUUCGGAAAAAAUUGAACUCUCCGCACUAAAAUAGUUAAACUGUAAAAAUUUAGCAAACACAUGCCUCAAGGUAGGGAUAUUUCCUAUCCACAUCUAGACGGACAUGGCACAAAACGCGUUUGGGUCUGUCAGUGCAUGUGAUGUGAAAUAUCAGUCUGAACAGAGAAGGCUUGCAAGUUUUAAAGAAUGGCCGGGAGAGAAUGAAACCAAAUGCACGAAGCUAGCCAAACAUGGCUUUUUCUACACCGGCAAUAAAGACGAGGUACAAUGCUUUUCCUGUGCGGUCAGAAUUAGAGGCUGGGAUAGAAAUGAUUGCCCUCUGGAUGUACAUCGUCGCCAGAGUCCAAACUGCAAUUUCAUUAACCACCGGGAAUCUGGGAAUCAACCUUUGUUUUACAACAAUUGUUGGGUUGACGCUAUUUGUAAUGGCGAUCCGUUUCCAAAAUUGUCUCCAGUUAUCCAACAGAACUCAAGUGGAACAUACUAUGGCACACCGCCAGGUGAAUUACUAAGCAGAGACACAGAUGUGGUGACCACAAUCGAAUCGAACAAUUGCAUCCCAGAAGACAUCAGUAAUGAUAAUUACUGUGAAACCAACGCAACAAUCCCUGUACCAACAGGACUACAAUUUACUCCAAACGAACAAAUAUCCAAAUAUCCAUGUUUUCUUCAGUCGUCUAAUCAAAGCAUUGGCGUUGAUAGAAACACUAGUGCGCCAACUGUAGCAAAAUUGAAGCCAACACCCACACAACACAACGAUGGCACCUUACAAUUAAAAGGCGGCGGAUGCACUGUGGAUACCCCCAAACAUCUUUUUAAAGAUCUGCCAACGUCUUGUCCCGCUCGUCUAGGUUCCAGGAGCGGAGAAAACCACUUGCCAUAUGGACUUGACUUCGGAAACGGGCAAGCGAAAGAAAUACCUGGUAUUGCCCAUGUGGAAAAACAUACACCUUGCGAAGAAGUACAUCCUCCCUAUUACCCACCACGUGACUCUCAUCAGGGAAUUUUGGAUUCUUCAAACAGCGAUGAGAACGGAUCUGGAAGCGAUGUAGCGGAAUGCAAUUUGCCAGGAGUGAAGAAGUAACCAUGAU